GAAUCAAUAAUUGACAAGAAGUUAGAGGAAUUUCAAAAGGCUCUUUACAGGCACCAAGUUACCACACCUGACAUAAAGAUUUAUGAUACAGAUUCCAUGAAACAGUUUGUGAAUAACAACAGCCCUGGACUCUUUCAAGAUCUUCUUACCUGUGUUACAGGAGGUAAAAGCCUGUCUGAGAACAGAAGAAAGCUGCAAGAGCAGAGAGUAGUGGCUUUACUUCACAUCCUGGCUUAUUUUAGGUAUGUACUUUGAGUUUAGUGAUCUGGGAUAUAAUUUUGCACACAGUCAUGUAUAACUGGUAUAAUAACAUUUGUUUUAUUUGUCACAGAUCACAAAAAACGUCUGCCCUACAGAAGGACAGCGGACUGCAUGCAUCCAACUGUGGCAUGUCAUUACGGGGACUAUCUUCUGGCCAGGUGUUGGGAUACAGCACAACCCCCAGGACAAUACAGCAGUUAAAAGCUAAUUUGAGUGUACAACACACAAGCUUCAUUUGUCAACAAUUUCACAGGGUAAAUGAGGUGAGUCCCUUGGGUGUAAAUAUAUCUAAUAGAAAGUUUUAGAUCCGAGUUUACCGCGAACCUCUAACCGCGGUUUGCGGUUACCCGUUUGCGGUUCGACGUUCAAACAUAAUUCGAUUUAGAUUGGCGGUGGAUUAAACAAGUGGAUUCUGGUUUAUUUUUCCAUUUAGAAAUAGAAGAAAAAUUAAUCAGUAAAAAUAAAAGAAAUUUACGGCAACACUGGGUUAUCUAGCAGCAAAGAGCUGUAAAUUCUUACAUUAGUUCUUCUUGCAAUUUUACGGCCGCCAUUUUGAAUCAGCAGCCAUGAAUGGCACUUGUUUUCAAGAUCCAAUAGGAUUUAUCAAAUUUAGCAUUUCGCCCGAAUUAGUGCCUCCGUUAAUGUAUAAAGACUUGCUCCACAAGAUUUUUGUAUCAUUACGUGGAAUGAGACAAGAAUUAUACGCUAAAAGCUUUCAGGUAAAUGACAUACGUGAAAACUCAGCUCCCCACGUUGAAAACGCACGUUGUAAACCUCGAACGUGACGCGAAAGACUUGUCACGUGACCUCCAGCGGUUAGAGGUUCGCGGUAAACUCGGAUCUAAAACUCUCUAAUAUCUAAAAGUUGUGUACCAGUUGCCCAAGAAAAAGCUUUGAAACAAAGAGAAUCAUCAUGAAAUCUCCUGAUACAGUAAAUAACAUUAACACAACAGUUUAUGUGUGUUGUGUUUAAUUUUGCUUUUUGUCUUUCUUAACAGCUGCAAUGCUUUAUCGUUUUAAUGCUUGAUGACUUCCACAACAUCCACUCACUCCAUACACCAUCACAGUUGGUACGGACAAAUGUCAUCCACAUGGCAUCCUGUUUGGCAGAUGUUCAUCCAUCAGUUCAUGCAGUCCCUCGGCCUGCAUUUCCCUUACACAGACAAGUGACAAUAAAUGUAAAUGGAGAGCAGAGGACCUGUGCUGGCGGAAUUGACAUUAACGAUGUCAUGCAAACAAUAACAAACUCAUUAAGGAAUAUGAAUAAACAGUUCUGGGACCAGCUACCAAGUUACAUGCAAAGCCUUGAUCCAGGAAGACUACAAACAGCACUACAUGAACUAAGGUACACAUUAGUCUUAUUUGUUACCCAUUUAUCACAGAAAAAUGUCUAUUAAGAGAAAGACAACAGGUUAACAGCAAAAAAAUUAGACUUAAUAAUUGCAAUGAGAUUGUAAAUAUCUGUAAUGUCUGUCUGUUGAACAGGGUGUACUCAGAUCCAACAACACAAGACAUUGAGACGCUCGAGACUUGUAUGCUAGUUGAUGAGUUUCAACAAGAUUUAAAGAGCAUGGAACAUUACAAGAUGGCCCUUGAACGUGUACUGAACAAAUGCCCUCAACUUAACCUGUACAGCAAGAAAUUUGUUGUACCAUUGCCUGCUGACUGGCCAGGGUGGUACUAUCCCAAAAAGCUGAUAGCAAGUGGAUGGAAUCCCAAAAUUAGCAUAAUUCCAGAACAAGGGCCAUUUCAUGUGUGUCUGAAUGCUUAUGAAGAUGUUCUUUUGAAUUUUAAAUUUGUUUUUGACAAACGGUUUUCGUAUGUUUUUGGAGGUACUUUGGCAUCGAAACCCAAACCAUACCAGACAUCCCUGUGUGUUACUGCUGCCUUACUUGGUUGGCAACUGAUACGACAAAAGGUACUGGAAAAGUUUGGAAAGUGCAAGCAACAUGAAUUUGUCACCAUUCUACACUUGCUUGAACAUGUUUUGCCCCUUGUGUUCUACCAGUAUAACAUUUUCAGAAGUGGUGACUUAAAGUUGUAUGAGAAAGUUAUGGCACAAAUAGCUAUAAUUUUCAUAUGCUGGAAAAGGAGACAUUAUGACAAAUCAACCUUGUCAUUUUUGAGUGAUUGUGCAUACCAGUGCAAACAUCUUCCAGAAUACUGGUCAAAGAAGGCAAGUGUUCUCAAACUGAUCACAGAAAAGAAGGUUGAAGUUUGGCACUCUGUACUGCGAAGAAACACUGAGAAGUUUGACGAUGCAAAAAGCAUUGAAGACACAGCAAAGUCUAUCGCAUCAUCAGGUUUUUUAAAUGAUUUUAUACAGUCCUUUGUUCCUCAAUACCACCGCGGUCAUGCUGAACCAAACUUAUGGCUUAUCGCAGGGAAGACAGCAGAACUCUUACUUGAACUGUUUAGGAGUGUCUCAAGAAACUGUCAGAAAUCACACCAGGUAACACUCCUAAGGCAAAAACAUAUCACAAAUAAUUAUUUAUAAUUAUUACAUUGUUUCUGGCAAGUAAAUACAGUGAACUAUAAAGUUUUAAAGGUGCCCAUAACACAGGUACCAUACGGCUUGAUAAGUAACUGGCCCUAUGUUCUUAAUAACUGAAAAAGAGAUGACACUGACAUUACUUCAUCUGAAAAGUAAUCAUCAGUUUUUGCUCUAAUAAUCAAAAGAAUUGAUAAAUAGUUAUACAGUCAAUCCACAGAGUAAGAAAACAAAGUUGUGAACUAAAACUAAAGUAAAGAAGCACAAUAAAAUAUGCUUUAAUGCAUUGUGCAUACACCUGUAAGUACACUUCGGUGUAUUCAUAUUCUACUGACCUCAUUUGGUUUUGUCUGUUUAGGUCGAACGCUCCCUUGCAAAUAAUGGAAGACCAAAGGGAAAGCCACAGUAUUAUCUCCCAACGUUUGACACCAUAGUUGACACAAAGUGUUUUCCACUGAGUUAUAAUUUGGAGGAUGUGGAACCUGGCCUGGAACCUGACCCAAAUGUUUACUGUGAUUUUCCAACAUGCACAAGAAGAGAUACAAGUACUGUCAUGAGAUUGGCCUGCUUCCAUUGUUUUCACCAAUCUUGCAUUUCAUCCUAUGAUUGUUGCCCGAUUUGUCUGGUUCCACUGAAGAAAAAGGUGGAAAAAUUAGUGAACACAUUCAACACUGGACUGCUAACUUCUAAUGAUACUGUUGCUUUUGAAAGUAAUGAAGACAUUCAGGAAGAAGAAAGAAUUAGUACACCAGCAGCCAUGAGUGUGACAGAGGCUCAGUCAUUUUAUUCCUCAGCAGAAUGGGCUACGAAGGUUGACAGCACAGUGAAUAGUUAUGCAGCAAUCCCUCUUCCAUCCCAUCCAAACCACAAUCACUCUUCAGCCCAGCCAACAGUACAUGAAUCCAACUCUAAUACCCCAUCUCGUGUUCUCACCCCCAUUACAAUCCAACCCUAUCACAAUGGUAAUGUCACCUACUGGUCUUUCCCACAUAUCAUUUCUCAAUCUACAAUCCUUGGAAGAACAGGAAGUAAUGCAUGCACAUUCAUUGCCCUUUUAUUUAGCAAAAUGUUUUUUUCACCCAAUGUCAACAUUCCAGCAACUGGGAGUCCACUAAGCCAGGCAUGGGUCUAUCAGAUAGUUGUGCAAGGCAUUUUGGCUGGGAACUCUAUCUAUGACUCGGUAACGAGUAUACCUCGAACAUUUGGUGUGUUGGAGGCACUUCAAACCUCUAGUGUUUUAAAUAACAUCAUUGGAAAUACUACUGUGGGACCUGAACUGCCUGUUAGCAUUGUCCCUGAGACAAAUCCCACAGCUUCUUUGCCUUACUACUGGAGACAAGCUCUAGCCAAAGGGCGAACAACAUCAGUAUUUAUCUUACGGUCCAACACAGUUGUCUUUAUUCCAACAACACAGGGAAUUUUUCUUUUAGACAGUCAUUUUCAUGGGAACAGUGGGGCCCAAGUUGCAUUUACAGAGUGGCAGCAUUCAUUUGAACUUCUCUCUUGGUAUAAGAGAAUUAAUGGCUUUCAAUACACACUUGGAACUGUCACCAACGUGACGUUCAACUAG